AUUUGGAAAGUGCGGCUCUUUAUCCUGUUUAAAGCAAAACCCACCUUUCCUUUUUUCCUCUAUUCUUUCUCUGCAUACCAGUUUCUCUCUCUCUCUCUCUCUCUCUCUCUCUCUCCCAAUCAAAGAAUGCUUAAUCGCUAGAAGACUGGUGGAAUAUCUGCUAAAUUAAUUGAUUGUUGUUGGAAGGAUAGGGGCCGUCGGAUUAUUUUUUGGAGCAAAAAUGACGAGGAGGAAAAUCCAGAUAAAAAAGAUCGAGAGCACGACGGCAAGGCAGGUGACUUUCUCCAAGAGGAGGAGGGGGCUGUUUAAGAAGGCUUUGGAGCUCUCAACUCUCUGCGACUCUGAAUUAGCUCUCAUAGUCUUUUCUUCCACCGGAAAGCUCUUUGACUACGCCAGCUCAAGUGUGUUGCAGGUAAUUGAAAGGCAAAAUCUGCAAUCAAACACACUCGACAAAAUGGACCAACCAUCUUUGGAGCUACAGCUUGAGAACAGUACCUACACCUUGCUGAGCAAUGAUAUCAUGGAGAAGACUCGUGAACUGAGGCAGAUGAAGGGAGAAGAGCUCCAAGGAUUGAAUAUAGAAGAACUACAGAAACUAGAGCAACUUCUCCAAGAUGGCUUGAGAUGCGUUGUAAAUGCAAAGGACAAAAGAUUUGUAGAAGAUAUCAGUUCCCUUGAGAGGAAGGGAGCCGAACUGAUGGAGGAUAACCAGAUACUAAAACGGCAGGUGGAGAAUCAGUCUAACAAUAUAACACAUGUAAUUGAACAAGGUCAGUCAUCUGAGUCACUCACCAAUAUUUGCAGCUCAGCCGAUCCUCCUCAAGGCCAAGACAGCGACACUUCUCUCAAGUUGGGGUUACCUUUCCCUAAUUGGCUUUGAAAGAUAAUUGUUUUUCUCAAUUGAAAAACAAGCAUGCAUGUCUAAAUAAAACCCAGCUCACUGAGUCACUGUUGAUCAAAGAAAGCCCCGCAUAUGUAUAUGGUGAUCAGCUGUAGAUGCUUAAUUAUGUUGCAGAUGAGUCUGUUAGAAUGUAUGAUGUAUAAUAAUAGAAACCUUUUGUGAUAA